AUGCAGUCGACUGUCGAGAAACGAUUUCAACUAGAAUGUGUAGAAGUUCCUGAAAUCCAGGAUCUCAAAGUCUUCAAGCCGAAGGUGAGUUCUAUUUCAAACUAUUCUCACAGCGUUAUUCAUUCAAAAAAAUAUGUCUAUUUCUACAAGGAAUUGUAUUUAUCGAGUUAUUCUGAAACUUUGAUAAUCCAAGAAAUGGUAAAAAAAGAGAGAGUCAGGAAAAAUAAUACAUAAGAGCCGAUUAAAUGGCGCAAAAAGGUUAGAAUUUUGAUGUUAUAUUUUAAGAAAAAAACAUUCAGGUUUUCCCUGAUGAUCGUGGAUUCUUCUCAGAAACUUACAACUAUUCGGAAUGGUCAGAAAAAUGUGGGUUCAACGAGAAAUUCUUGCAGGUUUGUCUUUUUUUGAAUAUUUAUUUUUCUAGGAUAUUAAAAAAACAGAAUUAAUCGAUAGAAUGUUAUAUAUAACGAAAGUUACUCAAUGCAAUAAGAAUAAAUUGCGUUUUUCAGGGACACCAAUAAAUUUUUCCUCAUUGAUUUGCUAUUGUAAAAAAAUUUUUCAUUAUUUUUUUAACAAAAAAAUAGUCAUUUGAGUGCUCCCUUUUUUAUUCAAAUAGUCAAUAAAUCUCUUUCAAUUUUGAAAAUCAUCUUCGUCUUAAAAUGAUAAUUUUUCUCACAGGAUAAUCAUUCUUUCUCCAAGUAUGGCGUUCUGCGAGGCUUGCACUCUCAACCCCACAUGGGCAAACUUGUUUCAGUGGUAGGUUUCCUAAUAACUUCUAACCCUUGAAAUUUUUGCAUUAUAAGGUCACCGGGGAGAUUUUCGAUGUUGCUGUUGACAUCAGAAAAGGCAGCCCGACGUAUGGAAAAUGGCACGGCGUUGUUUUGAAUGGAACAAACAAGAAUGCUUUUUGGAUCCCAGCUGGAUUUUUGCAUGGAUUCCAAGUGGAUGAAAACUCACAUUCAUUGAUUUAUCAGUUUUUCAGGUUUUGAGCAAAGAAGGAGCACAUGUGACUUACAAAUGCAGCGCAGUGUACGAUCCAAAAACUGAAUUUGGUACGUGUUCCGUUUUAUGUUAAUUUUAAUUCUUUUCAAUGGAAUUAGGCACGUUUUUUGGAUGAGAAUUUAUGCGUUGGAAAGACUGAAUUGUCGAACUUCAGAUUAGGAAGUUGAGCAAUGUGUGAAUCAAUUUUUUAACCAUUACACAAAAAAAUUACGAGGAAACCGAGGGUAAUAGAAAAAAAGUGAAAUUGCAAUUCUUUUAAAAAAUUUUAAUUUUCAGGAGUUGAUCCGUUCGACAAAGACAUAAAUGUCGAUUGGCCACUGAAAGAUCCGAAAGACCUGAUCGUCAGCGAAAGAGACACCCAGCAUCCCUCUUUUUUUCAGCUCUUCAAAAUUAAAAAAAUUUUAUUUUUUUGAAUUUUUUUGAAUGAAUAUUCUUUGCUUUUCAAGUUGUAUGAACUUCAUCGCAGUCAUGAAGCCUGGGCGGAAAGUUUGCCGCGCAACCUUUGAAAUUGUUAGUUUAAGGCGCAUAAGAGCAGCCACUCAUACCGGAUUAGGGAACGAGUUGCUUACUCAGAAAGGCCCAUUUUGGAAGUUUUCAAGGACUGAAAGUUCAGAAAAGAGCGGAAAUUCUGAGAAACCAAAAAAAAGAAAGCUGAGAGGAAGUUUUUAUUUCAUAGCGUUUAAAAUGAAAUAAUUUCAUUCUAAGUAUCCGAUCAAAGUUUCACAAGCCUAAACAAUCAGUCAAUCCAAUCCGAGAGCAAAAAAAAUAUUUACUACAGAAGAAGCGAUGGCUGCAAAAAGGAAUAGCCCACUGUGCAGAAAUGCGAUGCGGCUCUUAAGAAAGUCUGAAACUUUGAAAAUGCUGCCAAAAGUUUGCAAUUUGUAAAAAAAAUAUGUUAAUUUCAAUGAACAAGGAACUAUUUUUCAACUCAAAAAACCUAAUUUUUUAUUAGCAAUUUUGCUUUUUUUGGCUGUGGAAGAUUCUAAAAACGAUGAUUCGAUUAACUGCUUUUUUCAACCUUUUUGGAACCGGCAAGGUUGAAAUGAAUUGAAACUAGAAAAAGUUUGGAAUCGCCAUUUUCAUUCGUUCCUAACGGUCAAUGGGCCGUGAGCACUUUUCCCAAUUCCUUCCAGAACCCAAAGAAUUUUCGAGAAGAUCAGAAAUUCAAAAUGAAAAAGGCUCGUCAUUUUGUUUGUCAGCGCUAAACAGGAGGAGGACACCAUUCAAAAAAAUGGUCCAUUUUCGAUUGAUUUCAAAACAGACGGAGAGAAAAAAUCGGAAAAGGCGUUGGUUGUAAUUGAGCGACCGUGAGUCACGUCGUCGGCCAACGCCCUUCCGCCAGGUAUUUAAAGUCGCUUCCAGAGCUCCACAGAAAGCGUUCUUUCUAUUUUCCAACCAUUCAAAAAUAUUCGUUUGGUUCCUAUUGUGGUAUUUCCGUUCAGCUCAGAUCGUUGAAAUUGAAUUUUUUUAAAAAGUAGAAAAAAAUUGACUUUUGAACUUUUUUUGAUUAAAAAAACAAGGUUUAAAAAAAUAAUAUUCAGAGCUUAAUAUUAGCUUUAACAGAAUGUUAUCAAAGACUUUAUCAGAAGAAUAUUAAAAAAAAUAACGGCAUUAAGUAAACUUAUUUUUCUUCACAGUCGGAAUUUUCAAAAAAAUCCAGUGAAUUUCAUCUUCAUGAGAAAACAAAAUUGAUUACUUGAAUAUAAGAAUGUCAGUAUGUUCAAAUUAAAAAUAAAAUUGUCUGCAGAAACAUUUUUAUUUUCUUGAACUUUCUGACCCUUUGGGCCUGUUUGAAAAUUUUAAUUCGCUUCUCUUUGCACUCGAGUAACUUCCAAAUAUAGCCAACGUCAACCGCAACUUUUUUGUUGCCCUAAAAACCGUUCACAGAAUCGACGCAGUUCAAACAUCGUGACGGAAACGGCGCGACUCCAGCCAUUUUCCUCGCAAAAACCUUUUUUUGCCCACUUUUUAGGGCGUUUUCUGAAAUAUUUCCCUGUGUUUACAAAAGAAGGCGCCAAGGUAAAAGUCAACAUUACCAAUUUUGCGAGUGUCGCUGGCACAACUUGCCAAAGUUGAGGUCGAAAAUCGGGCGACCGUGCCGCCUCCUUCUGUUUUUCAACAUUUGCUUUUUCCUCGUUCUCUCUGUCGGUUGGGUCGUUUUCAGGACAUUUUCUGGGUCAUCUUUUCUUUUCAUGAUUUUGUAAAUAGACAGAUAAUGACUCUUGCUGCGCGACGUGACGAACUCACGAGACGCGACGCCUUCUGGCGCGACGACGACUGGCUCGAAGACUGGAGGGAUUGGCCUGUCGAUUGGCCUCGACCACGCGAUCUUUUCCACCGGGUGAGUUUUUCGAAUGAAUCUUAGUAUUGAAGAGAAUAUUGGGAGUUUGAGAGAAAAAUUUAAGAAAAACUACUAUUAUAUAAUAAUAUGAUUAUUUUAUUUUACUCAGGAGACGAAGAUUUCAAAAAGUUUUUUUCUCAUAGCAAUAUUUCAUCGUACAAGGGAUUUCGAUGUUUGUAAUUUUUUUCUAUAAAAUUUUUUUAUGAUAGUUAAAAAAAUUUUUUUCGUUUCUUUGAACUUUCUCUCAAAAAAAUGAAUAUUUAGUGAUAACUAUAAAGGUCCUAUUGGAAUUUCGUAAAACUUCCCAACAUCCGGUUUUUUUUUGGAAUGAUACUAAAAUGAUCUUCCCAUUUUGAGGUAAUCUUCGUAACUUGAUAUUUUUAUUGGAAACCCUAUAAAAUCAAAUACAAAUUGAGAGUAUGAAUUGAAAAGUUUUUGACGAGCAAAGUGGUCAGCCGAAUAAUAAAGGCCGCGACCCAAAACGGCGGUUCACGGAGCUGGCGCGUUUUGGACCUGUGCGCCGAAUUCACUCUCUUUUUGCCUCGAUCCGGUCUUCCACGCUCACGCUAGCGCUCACUUGUAGACUGCGUUCCCACUUCUGCACCUUCUCAUUCAAUUUAUUAUACAGCCAGUUCUCUUUGAACAUCUGUCGGCUUCAUCUUAGUUUUUCUCUCCAGAGGUUGGAUACGAAUUUUGAAUUAAAAAAUCACUUUUUAUUGUCAAGAAGGCCAAGUUAAAGCAAAAAGCUCACCUAAAACUUCCCAUGAUUGAAAAAAUCUUCGAUCUAUUUUCCGGAACUAUUCAUAAACAGGACCUCUCCUCAACUAGGUUUCAUGCAACCCUUGCUCUCUUCAAACGGUUAGUACAACUUUUGGCUAGACUAUUAGAAGUAUAAACACUUAUCGAAGCUCAAAAUAGAAUGAAGUUGAGACGAAAAAACACUGAAAAGAAUUUGAAUCUGCUUGAAAAUCUUGAAUUGUUCAGAAAAUUCUCACUGAUGUCUGACAAAAAAAUUUUUAAAGAUUAUUUUAUGAUUUUGCGUCACACCUUUUUCCGAUUCAAAAUUGUAUGAUUUAUGAUGUUUUCAAAAAGUUUUUAUUUAGUGCCUCAAACCUAAACGCCCAUUUAAAUUCGGCUGAAGAACUCAUAUCGAUGUUCUAUGAAAAAAAUUUAAAAAUUUUCGAACUUUCGUGCUGAAUUUUUCUAUCUACCAUUUUUCACUUUGUCUUUUUUCCGGUUUCAAAUCAUAAACACCUUUUCUUUCACCCCCCCCCUUUUCAAUAGACACGACCCCCGCUCUGGCUUUCUCUUCCGAUGACGCACUACUGAAUUUCUGCAUGAAUUUCGAUUUUUGAGUCAGCAAAUGGUAUUUGCUGUUUUGUGCAAAAUUGAAAUUGCAUUCCGAUGCAUCACAAAAAAAGAAGAUUCAAAAAAAGUAAAAAAAAAUUUAAAAAAUUUCAGUUCCGAGGAAAUUCGGACAGCUUGUGGAAAGAUUGGCCGAGCGACUGGCCUAGGAUGGACGCCAUCAUGCCUAGGGUAGGAGAAAAUUCGAAAAAUAGUGAGAAUUAUUGAUGAUUUCAAGUUUUCGACAAAUUUGGAUCGUCUUGACCGCAACUGGAGAAAUGACCCUUUCUGGAUGGACAUUUAUCCGCGCUGGGCUGAGCCCAUUUUCAAAGAUGGUAUCGACGUCAACUCGCACGUGGUGAACGACGAACGCCGUUUUGCUGUCGAUGUCGACUGCUACCAGUUCAAACCCGAAGAAAUCCAGGUAAUACCAGGAUCUCAACCGGCCUGUAACUUUGGAAAAAUAGGAUAAAAACUUCCAGUAUCAGGAGUAGCUUUUUAUUAUUAAGAAAAAAAAAAACGAUAACGCUGGAAAUUGAAUUCUCAGCUUUGAUUCUGUUUAUAUAUUUGUGAAGUUAAAGAAUGCGGAGAAGCUGACGCUAGAAUCUGAAGAGACCCGAGAAGCGGCAAAAAAUACGUAAAGAGGUACAGAAAAUUUCAAAAACAGAAAUAAAAAGAAUAAAAAGUAAGACUAUAUAGAAAAAAAAGCUUUUUUUAGAUUUUCAAAUAAUUGCAGGUGAAAACCUUGGACGACACUUUGCUGAUUGAAGGACGCCACGAAGACAUCCGUGACAGGGACAACUUCACCAAAAUGUACUUCGUUCGCAAGUACCAACUUCCACGUGAUGUUGAUCCCGCCUCCAUUCAAAGCAGCAUUGACUCGAAGGUUCUUUCUAACAAUUCCGAUGUUUCCUAUCAGAAAUAACUUUAGGGGAGACUCGCUGUCGAGGCUGCCAAGCUCAACAACGCUCUGUCAGGCCGCGAGCGUAUGAUUCCAAUUGAAGGAGCUGGUCGCAACUCGCCUAGAUUUAAUGACAAUGGUAUCUGUUGAAGACAACAGCUGAUAAAAUGACUGAUUUGCAGGUACCUACCAAAGAAACACCAGCUCUCCGAUCCAUGUCCACACUGGACAGGAUCGCAGUGCUUCGAGCCGUAGUGGACGAGACUCUCGUGCGGAAAGUCUUCGUGACAGUCCUCAGUCUCGCGAUGUCUACUCUUCCCAUUCCUACAGGUAAAAUGGCUGGAAAAAAAAGAAGCUCUGAAAGAAAGAACUUUUGUGCGUUUUUGGUAUUUUUUUUUUUGAUAUUUUCAAUCCAAACUUUUCAAUUUUCCAACUUUGAAAUUACUGCUUGCUGCUUGAGCCGGCAAAAAAACUCUGACCAGGGAGCGUUUUUUACCCCCCGGUUGAACUUUUGCUGAAACUUUGCCAAAGUGUAAUUUAGGACCCCCUGAUUCCAGAACAGGAAGAAAAUUUCUCGCAAUAGAUCUCGUUUUCGAGUUAGGAUGCUUCAAAAGCCCGAAAUAGCGCUUUUUUGGCCUAAUUUGCGUAUUUUGCACACUUUGAAGCUUCAUAACUCGGAAACAAGAUCUAUUGCGAGAAAUUUUCUUCUUGAUCUGCAAUCAGGGGGUCCUAAAAGUACACUUCAGCAAAGUUUCAGCAAAAAGUUCAACCGGGGUAAAAACGCUCCCUGGUGAGCAAACCACUCUGAAGAAAAUAAAUUUUUAGUUAGAAAUUGAUACAAAAAAAAGUUUUUUUCUUAGAAAAAAGUUUAUUUAGACAUUCUGAAUUUAUUUCAGCUACCACCGCAGCGAUUCUCGUAGCCGUAACUCUCCGCACGACGUUACCAUGCGCAACGAACAGCGCUCCUUCAGUCCGAGCGCUCGUCGCAUCGAAACUUCUCAUACCAACGGGACAAACGGUAAUUGUCUUCGAAAAUCAGAAAUUCAGGAAUAAAAAAAGUUCUGCAGUUUUGUUGAUUUUUUUAUUCAGAUCUCUAGUUAAAAAAAUAUCUUUAACUUCUGUGUGAAGUUUCUAUCUAUUAGCUCUUAACUAUAUUAGCCAGUCGAGUUUUAGAAGAGCCCCGCGAGCAACGAUCUCCCGGACGUAAAGCUUUCGAUACAAUCCGAAAUACUUUUGAACAAGGUCUCAAAUCACAGCCAAACUUUCGUUUCUUAUCCCAAUAGCCUUCACAAAGAUUACUCCGGUUCUAACUUGUUUCCCUAUCAUUAACUAACUCAUUGAAAGGGACUUUUUUAAAGUUAGUCUAAUCUUCCAAUUUUAGGAUUCAAUCAACGCAAUGGAAACGCCAACUUUGAGCAAGAAGAUCGUGCGAGCUCUCGGGCUCAUACUCAACGAUCUGAAAGCCGCAAUGGUACUUUCUCCAAAAUAGCUAUAUAGAAGUUAGAAAUAUGAGAGCCGCUGAAAAAGCUUGGUUUCAAAGUUUUUCUUCGACUUGAAAAUACUAGUCAGUUGGAUCCUGCAACAUUGCAGACAACGAUCCGGAUUACUCCAAUUGUUUCAUCUAUCCGGAGAAAAGGAUUUCAGAUUUAACUUUACUGAUUUCAGGAUACCGUGUUGAUUCUCCAGCUUCUACGACCACCGGAAUUCUGCGCAACCAACCGCAACACUCGCCAACGUCUUCUUCGGAAUAUCGCUCCAUCAAAAUCCUUCGCAAAACUUACUAA